AUGCCGGAUAUCAGCGAUGUUGAAGCCGUCGCUUUAUUUGAAGAGGCUGCGUCGAUGGAAGUAUGCUACUUCUCCCCUGUAGCUUGGAAAUACUGCGGAGAUAUCAUCGUCAAACCAGUACUGGGUUUUCCCAGGGUAGACAAAAAGACAUUGGAGGAUAUUUGGAAUGAGCUCAAUGGCGCCAUGAAAACCUUGGACGGAAUCCUGUCUGGCCGCGAAUAUCUCGCCGGCGAAAGUUUCACCCUUGUAGAUAUCUGGACUAUGCCUUGGGUUUCGCAGCUCAUUGAUCUGAAGGAAGCUGACGUCCUCUUCUCCGAGUUGCCGCAUCUGCGAGAUUGGUGGGAGAGGGUGAGCUUGAGGCCGGCAUGGAAGGAAGCCUGUGCAUUGAUGGACAAGGCGAUGGAAGGGAUGCGCCCGAAUUCAGCAAAGUGA